AUGCAGAGUAUACGAGAGAUGGAACAGAACGGAGAAAAGAGCACGUAUAGCUGUCCGAAGUCACCUCUUUGCAAAAGCUUGGAUGUUCUCAGUGCCGCUGCUGCUUUCCAGGAAAAAGAUCGAGCUCCUAUAAUUCACCGCGAAAAUUUCGGAGAUGAACAGCAAAGACCUGCGACUUCUUUCAAUACCCCCACCGCCGGUAAGAAGAUUACCCACAAGACCCCUCUGCCGAGCGACCGUAGAGACGGAUCAGAAAUGCCACUCGAUUCAACACUCAGUCCCUUACAUUCUCCACAUGUGCCACGGAUCAUCAAGGAGAUACCCAAUCCAAUUUGCCCUUUCCUGUAUAAUCACUCCAUCGGUAGAUUUUGUUUUCAUUGUCGAUAUAUGGAAAUGCCAUGGAGAGACAGACUUCCAGUGGCUCUCGACACGAACGGCAACAAAAUCCAAGUCCCCCCCCAAGGUGCAUUGCUAGAGGGUGUAAGAAACUUAACUGAGCCCUUCGAGAUUGCCCAGCUUGCUCUACUUAUCGAGUUUCGCAUCAUAGAACAAGAUCUUGCCACCAUCCCUGGUCUCGUUGCAACUUUUAAGUACUUCCCACAUUUGCAUGAUGUUGCUCAUAGAAUUGCAAAUAUGGUCAAAGAGCUUCGAACCUUGGCUGAUGAAGAUCCCAAUUUGACGCACGACCGAUACUUCGCACAGACAACUGGAGAGUGGAACUUCCAAGCAAAGAAUCCAGCACCUGCCGUUAAAAAAGCUCGAAUCUCAACACGAUUUUUGACCGGUAUUCCAGUGAUGCUUACCAGAGAGGAUGCGAUAAACUAUGAAAACACUCGCGACGGGCGCACCGAAGCUGAGGCUCGUGAACUUAUGAAUCAUCUCAAUAGGAACGAGAGCAGAGGUCCAGGAUAUGUUCAAUUCACGUUCGACUUUUUCUAUUUGACUCGCCAAAAUGUCGAUGAUCCCGAAGAAGUUGAUCUCCGUCAUACGCACAAAUUGCCGGGAUUUGACUGGAAUGAUCCUGCCGACAUCAAGAAGCUCAAUAAGGCUAGAGCUCAGAAUCGUAAGCGUACACAUGGUAACAUUGCCGAAACACGAAUUCCAUGGACACAGCUGGAAAAGGAUAAACUCUUGAAGAGGUACAAGAUGCGAUUAGAGUCGAGAUUCGAUGGCUUUGUACAGAAGAAGGGAUCUAAGUUGGCACCAGGAGUUGAGAGAGAACUAAAGAAUGGCAAGAAAGAUAGAACUCUCAAGACUAGUCACAGCGACCGCGUAGGUUACAAUCGCACUGGCUCUGCAACGGAGACACAAGCCUUGAAAUACCCAGAUAUUCUCAAGUUGAUCAAUGAUGCAACUGGAAUUGGUGGAAAGGGAGGACGUGGCAUGCUCAGAGGUCCCUAUCGACCCCCGCAAGCUGCUGGUGACGAGAAGAAAGAAUCCAACAGUCAACCAACAAAGGAAGACACGCGCGUCGCCCGCAGCAGCUUUUCACAGGCUAUUAAUGAUGAACAAGAUGAGGAUGACGAUUCACCAACAAAGAAACACAAGAAGUAG